AUGUUUGGACGGUCAGAGCCCAAGUUCGCAUUGCUCAGCAGCAGUUCCGAUGAGGAGGCUUAUGGGAGCCCCGAUGUCGUGGACGCACACAAGACGGUGUUACGGGAUGUGGCUCGCCGCUCACACGACUCUCGGCUCUGGAUCGCAACAACGAUUCUUUUCGCAUCACUUUCUGCCAUAAUGGGAUGGAACCAACUCACCUCCAUGAUACGAAGAAGUUACGAGACUGGUUUUAUGACAGAGCACGGUAAUAAGCAUAGACAUGCAAUGCCACAAAUGCAAUUGCUAACGUCCUCACUAGACUCCGCAGUGCCACACAUCCGCAUCAAGCAGCAGCAAUUUACUGGUGCCAGAUUGAAAGGUUACGAUGCGCUGUUAUUUGAUCACCAAGAUGCCAAGACUGCGGAUGGGAAUCUAAUCAGAACAGUGGACAAGAACGGCCAGUCCAUGAUGUCGUGA